GUACUUAUUACACGUGUCGCUCUUUCCCGUGAUCCCGUGAAUCGCAAUUGCGACUAAAAAGUUACGCAACGCGACAACUUUACCUAGUAUACCCUAAACAGUUUCGCUGUUUCGAUAAUUUCCUAACGAGACUUUUAGGUUAGGUAACCCUCGGAUUUUUUGUAUCGGUCUUCUGCUAGACAGCCAGCGCCACAUAUUCGACCAGGUCGGGUGCAAAUAUCUCGAUGUUUCAUGAAAUUCAAACGGUGUACGCCGAUAAACCGAACGACGUAUGCGGUUGCCCGAUUUAUUGGCUUAUUUUUCACGGCGACGGGUCCCGCUUAUAAAAACUCGACGCCUGUUCGGGAAUCGCAUUGACUCCGAAGUGACUCCGGGUUACUUCCGGUCAAGACAAGCCCAUGUGGACGGCAGCAGCAGCGGUGCCUCCGAUCACUUCGUGUUGAGGCUCUUCCUCGUGCUCCCUCGUGACAAAAAAAGGCUUUCCCGACGGCAGCUCGCGCGUGGAUCGCGAAAGUCAUCGCAGCAUGGCUGACCUGGACGAUUUCUUCGCGAAAAAGGAUCGCAAAAAAGCGAAAGGGAAGAAGUUCACGACUACCGAGGAGAUAGCGAAGAAAUUGGAAGAGACGGAGAAACGGUUGGGAAAGUCGAAAACGAAAGACAAACCUACGAAUCCGGAAGGCGAGGAGACCCAACAAAUCGAGGAAGAAGACGAAUGGAGGGAAUUUGAAGAAGAAAAAAAGGAUUAUACCGGUUUAAAAAUAGGAAAUUUAACACUUAACGAGUCUCUCGAUGCAGAAUCCGACGAUGAAAAAGACACAGGAGACAAUAGUUCCGAUGGAGAAUGCGGAGAAGGCGGUACUAAACAUGCAGGGCCAUGGAAGAAGCCCGAUGUACCUGCUGCAGCACCUCAAGAAGUUGUGGCAGAAGAAGCAGCUCCAACUCCACCACCUGUUACUUCAUCGGGAAAUAGUUAUAAGGCACCACGUUUCAGAAUUGUUCAAACUGUAGCUAGUAGUAGUCCCAGACAACGAGGGAAAAAUAUUGCUCCAGAUAUACAUAGCGAAGAGUACUUCCCAACAUUGAACUCAAAACAACAACAAGGCGCUGAACCCACUGGGCCAUGGGGUAGACGGAAACGAGACGAAGGUACGUUCGAAGAAGUGCGUAACAGAGGGGGAAGCAGAUCAUACGGUGUGCAAGAUUCGCAAGCUCAAGCGCCCAAACUUUCUCUGGAUAACAAAUACGGUGCCCUCUCGCAAGAUCAGAGCUGAAAGCAUCUUCUCUGAUUCAAUCAAAUGACAAACAAUCAAUAUUACGUCAUCGCCUCUCUCCGUUUCGUGGCCCAGCUGCGCUAUAAAAUACGUUUUCUAGGAUAGAACGCAACGAACGUGUAUCAUAGUAUACAUCACGAUCACGUACAUGCCCUAGUUUUCGAAAAGCCCAGGCUGUAAAUUGAUUUCGUUCGAUAAGAAUUUUGUCUGCCGUCAAAACCGUAUGCAUCACGAAUAAUGGGACGUUCAACGUUCUCGCGGAGGUUUAUUUUCAUACAGAGAUAUGCUCAAACAUUUAGCACCGACUUUUGUAUUUAAUUUUUUAACCGAUAUAUAUUGUACUCGACAAGAGAAAUACGGUUCGCGAGGCGCAGCGGAAGCUGAGAUAGGACGCUAGAAGAGGGUUUGCGCGGUCGCAUUAAUUUUGCGCACGGUGCUGUUUUCAUUUAGCGUGCAUGCUUUAGUGCCACGUUCGAUCGCUUUCGAAAUAUCGCAAAAAUAGAUUAGGGCACAUGGAUACUCAAACAUGACAAACCAGGAUGAGAAAAACGAAACGUGUAAAUGUGUAUACUUUACGUGAACGCGCAAGAGAAUAAUCUGUUAAGUUAAACGAUUGCAGCGAAAGAGAUCAAUCGAUCAUGAUCGAGGAACCUUUCGAAAAUAACGAUGACAUUGCUUGGACAGUUUUUUCAGAGCAAUCGUUUCGCUCAGCAGCGAUAUACGUCAACGAACACAAAAAAUGAAUAGGCGAAUUAAGAUAUAUGUAUGUAUAAAUAUAUAUGUAUAUGUUAAUUGAGAAUAACUGAAUUCCGGGGCUGGGCUUUGGAACGGCGUGAAACAUACAAUACGAGGAAAUAAAAAGAAAACGGAUAUACUGAUCAAAAAAAAAAAAUAUACGCGAAUAUAUAUAUAGAUAUAUAUCGGAAAACGGACAAGUACGAAAACUGAGAAAAACUUGAGAGGUGUAUACAAAAAGUAACAAGAGAGAGAGAGAGAGACAGAGACACACACGCGUAUCGAAUACUACAAUAUAUACAAAAGGAAGACGUAUGUACGCUUUUGUUGACGCUUGUUUAAUUAUUUUUGUUAAUUUAGAGAUUUCUGUCGUGAAAAAAAGGAUAAUGGAAGCUCUAGGAGUUGAUAAUGGUGGGGUUCUCCUGUGUGUGAUCAGGAACUCGGGGUGCUAGCGCUGUUAUUUUUGAAAAAAAAAAGGUACGAAUAAAAGCUUGAGAAGCGAAGUGAAACACGAGCCAUAUAUACACAGAAGCGUGGAAGAGAAAAAAAAAUGGAGCCUUGUAUAGUGAACGAUAUAAAAAGAAAAAAUAUGUGAUUAUUUAUAAUAAAUUUCCUAGGACAACGUACACGUACUGCCUUAAAAGCAUUUUAAUUUUCGUGAACCACCCACGAUGCGUGUCGGUGAUCUCGCGGCUAGUUCUGGAACACGCGAAAUGGAGUGCAUACUCGAACGAGAGUAAAUAGUCAGUUGUCCUAUCUCGAAGAUUAAAGAGACGUUUCACGGGCAUUUCCACGUAGACCAUUACGGAAAGUUAUGCUAUUCGGUUGGCCAAUUACUUCGUUCAUUUUUCAAUGAAGUGAAAACUCGAGUACCGUACACACGUAGUACUGUGUACGAUUGAUGGCUAGGGUUAUACCAAGAUGAUAAAAAAAAGCCUGAAGAGAUUAACUGACAUAACGAACAAAAAUAUUUUACAUAUUAUUUUUCUUUCAAUGAACGAAUUGGUUGACCGACUUCGAUAAAACUAGAAAUCGCCAACCUGUAAUUUUUCGGGCGGUUUCAUCCAACUCUCUGAAAAGUUGGGUGAAGAAGGAAUGAGGUUGACGAUCUCUGAUCGUAAUUAAUGAUCUAAUUCGGGGGGAAAUAAAUAAAAUCACGUGGCGACGUGUGUCUCUCGAAUGACAGCACCGAGUCAUCAGGAUGACACGUGGACUUCGCCUGCCUUUUUGUUACAGAAUAGAUUAAAUAAAAUAAUUUUUAUCGCGACUGUUAACCGAGAGAAAGCGAUAGAAUGACAGAGGAAGCGAGACUGCGCGGAAGAGAGUGGAAUACAGCGUGGCGAACGAUAAACUUAAUAAAUAAAAAAAAAAAAAAAAAUGAAAGAAAUUCACACACAGAAA